AUGACCAUCGAGUCAAGAACUGUUCGAGGGCACAUCGUCAUUGUCACCCUACCUGCUUGGGGACAUGUACAUUGUGCUUGCGCACUUGCUGCGACAAUAGUUCGCUAUCGGCCCGUCCAUGUGACGAUAUUUGUCGUCUCCCUCUUAUCUGACAGGGUUUCAAAAGAACUUGAUACACGAUUCGAACCAGGCGUCGAAGAUGACAUGCGGAGACUUAUAAGAAUUGUUGGCUUGGAAGUUGGGCCUAAUAUCUUUGACACCAGCGCUAUCAGUGCGGGUUUCAUGAAGGAGUAUGAGAAAUUCUUUGAUGGCAAGUCGCACACCGAGAAUGGAUCCGCACUCGAUACUAUUGAGCCAGGUCCUCCGCAACUCGUAGUAAUUGACUUCGUGUAUGAGGCUAUGGAAGGCAUUAGAAAAGUUAGCGGGCAUGAUGUCCCAGUCUAUCUUUUACAAUCUGCCUGUGCCUCAACAGUACUUUACUUCUUUGGACCAGAUGUAGGAAUUUACAACAAUCUCGAAGAAGAGCUCAAGGCGAUUCCGUACGAGGAUAAGGAAGCCAUUCUAGAGGAAUCUGACAAGAUAAUCCGGAAAUCAAGUGGUAGACUUAUAGCUAUCCCUGGACUCCCUCCGAUGUACGACCACGAGCGUAUGGCCCAGAAGUCCAUCUUCCCUAAAGGCGGAGCUUUCAUAACAGCUUCAAUACGCAGAAUUCUCCUGGAGUGUGACGGAGCAAUCUGCAAUACGAAUCGAAUUUACGAAGCACCAUCCAUCACAGCCCUCGAAGAAUGGUUCAAUGGAAGACCCGUCAUCAAUGUUGGACCGCUUGAUUCUCCACUUACACUGCACCAUGAAGAAGACUCACCGAGUAAUCGGGAAGUAAAGGCCUUCCUCGACUCUGCGCUGGAAAGGUACGGUCCCAAGUCGGUUGUAUAUAUGUCGUUUGGCUCUAUUUACUGGACUGCUGAACCGGAUAAAAUAUGGGUAGUCUUGGAUGCUAUGAUUGAAGAGGGAGUGCCCUUCUUGUUUGCUCAUGCUUCGCCAUUCGCGACAAUACCAGACGAAGUGAAAGAGAAAAUAAAAGCUUCUGGGCUGGGUUAUUCAUCCAACUGGCUCCCACAGCAGGCUAUUCUCGAUCACCAGGCCUGCGGCUGGUUUAUCACGCAUUGCGGACACAAUUCCGUUAAUGAAGCCAUUUCAGCUGGAGUCCCGUUGGUAUGUUGGCCUUUUGACGCAGACCAGCCAAAUGGUGCAGCGAACAUCGCCUCCGUGCACAACUUAGGUUACGAGUUGUUCGAAGUGCGGACCGGAAGUGGGUUGCUUCCGAUUCAUCGUCUCGGAGAUAAGGUACCAGAAGGUACAGUCGAAUCAGUCAAGCGCGAGUUUUCCGAGACGCUUCGGAAGAUGAGGGGACAGGACGGGGCGGUGAAACGUGCGAAUGUUCAAAAGUUCCGUGAUGCGUAUGCUAAGCUAUGGGCGCCAGGGGGAGAGAAUUGGGAUGAAAUUAAGAAAAUAACGGAUAUCUUGCAAUAG